AUGGCCAAUGCAUUGGAAAAGCCCACAGGCGAAUACCGCCAGUACCUGCCAGACCUCAGCCUCCCGCGUUUCCAGGGGAUGUGCCAGCAGGAUGCGCACGAGUACGCACACGAAUUCAAGACCAAACAUCAGCCACCCUGGCUGCAUGCGCUGUAUAUGCAUUGGUUAGAGCUACUACAGGAACCCUUCAAAGGCGUGACCACCGAUGGAAACGUCCGUCCGGGUCUAUACACAUUGCAAGAAGAAGACGUCCCAAUUCAACAAAUUGUAGAAGCAACAGAAGCUGUAACUGCCCUGCUGGAUGAUAAGCAAAAAGAAGCCAUCAACUACCACAUCGACUCCCCACAAUGGCGCACAUGGUCGAACCCCGAGUUCCUACUCGCGAACAAGGGCAUUCGACUCGACGAAGUCAACACCGAGACCCGGGAUGCAGUAAUGAACGUCCUCAAAACAACCCUCUCACCAGAAGGCUAUGAAAAAGCCGUCAGCGCAAUGCGCAUCAACCACUUCCUCGGCGAGCUAGUCAAGUCACCAGCAGUGAUGAACGAAUUCUCCUACAACUUCGUCCUCUUCGGCCGUCCAUCAACCACCCGUCCCUGGGGCUGGUCAUUCUACGGCCACCAUCUCUGCCUAAACAUCUUCCUGUACAAAGGACAGAUCGUCGCAUCCCCGUGGUUCACAGGCGCAGAGCCAAACGAGAUCGACGCCGGCCCGCACGCCGGCACGCGCAUCAUGCAGAUCGAGGAGAAGCUCGGGUUGCAGUUAAUGCAGUCACUCUCGACGGAACUGCAGGCUUCCGCUCGUGUCUUCGUCCACAUGAAAGAUCCAGCUAUGCCGCCCGGCCGCUGGAAUAAGGAUGACCAGCGCCAUCUGUGCGGUGCGUACCGUGAUAACCGUGAGGUGCCUUACGAGGGGAUCCUCGCGUCGACUUUUAAUGCCGCGCAGAAAGAGCUCAUGUAUGGCAUCCUGGAGCAAUAUCUGCUUUAUCUGCCGGCUAAAUCGCGGGCUAUGAAGAUUGAUCAGGUGCGCGCGCAUGAAGCGGAGACGUACUUUUGUUGGAUUGGAGGGUAUGGUGAUGAGGAUCCGUUCUAUUACCGUAUUCAGAGUCCGGUGAUUCUUGUCGAGUUUGAUCACCAUUCCGGUGUGUUUUUGAAUAAUGAGGAACCGAAGAAAUUCCACAUUCAUACUCUGCUUCGCACGCCGAAUGGAGGUGACUAUGGUCAGGCGCUGCGGCCACAGAUUCCGGGGGUUGAGGGAUUGAAUGGGAAAGAAAUUGUCUGGUAG